CCUGCAGGCAUCCAGCGUUCAGCAGCUUCACUGUGCCAGUUCCUGGAGUUGCUUCUGCUGGUGCCAGCCUAACGGACCUAGGAGAGGCUGGAGGAGUUGCUUGCAGCAACUUUAGGCAGCAGAUAUUUUGGCUCCAAUGGACAAAGGCCUUCAGCUUGUGCUUUGUGUGCUGACAGCCAUGCUGCUCCUGGGAGAGUCAAGCCAGACAGGAGCCACAAGGAAUGCUGAUGCUGUGAGGAAGGUUGCUGACUUAAGGGGAUCAGGAGAAGGUCUUCCAACCUUGACUGUCACAACAAUCCUGGAGGACCCCUACGUGAUGGUGAGAAGUGCAGAGCUGGAGGGGUACUGCAUGGACCUGCUGAAGGCUCUGGCUGCCAUGCUGCACUUCAGCUACAAGGUGAAGGUGGUGGGCGAUGGGCAGUACGGCGCCGUCUCUGCCAGUGGCAACUGGACUGGCAUGGUCGGGGAAAUCCUGAGACAGGAAGCAGACAUUGCAGUGGCUCCACUGACAGUGACUUCAGCAAGGGAGGAGGUGGUCUCCUUCACCACACCAUUCCUGCAGACUGGCAUUGGGAUCUUGCUUCGCAAGGACACUGUCUCCCAGGAGAUGUCUUUCUUCCACUUCCUGGCUCCUUUCAGCAAGGAGACCUGGACUGGCCUUUUGUUUGCUUACUUGCUGACCUGCUUCUGCCUCUUUCUUGUUGCCAGACUGAGCCCCUGUGAAUGGAACGAGCCAAAGAACGAGGAGAACCACUUCACCUUCCUGAACAGCCUCUGGUUUGGAGCAGGAGCCCUCGCCCUGCAAGGUGUCACUCCCCGGCCCAAGGCGCUGUCGGUGAGGGUGAUUGCUGCGGUCUGGUGGCUCUUCACCAUAGCCCUGCUGGCCGCCUACAUCGCCAACUUCACUGCUCUGCUGAGCUCCAGCAGCGAGCAGCUCCCAAUCCAGACCUUCGAAGACCUGGUGAAGCAAAGGAAGCUCGAGUUUGGGACCCUGGAAGGCUCCUCUACUUUCUACUUCUUCAAGAACUCCAAGAAUCCCAUCCACCAGAUGAUCUAUGAAUACAUGGACAAGAGAAGAGACCAUGUCCUGGUCAAAACCUACCAGGAAGCCGUGCAGCGCGUGAUGGACUCUGACUACGCCUUCAUCGGGGAGUCCAUCUCCCAAGACCUCGCAGCUGCCAGGCACUGCAACCUGAUCAGGGCCCCCGAAGUCAUUGGAGCCAGAGGAUUUGGCAUUGCCACCACCCAGGCAUCCCCCUGGACCAAGAAGCUCUCCAUUGCUGUCCUCAAGCUGCGGGAGUCAGGGGACCUGGACUACCUGCGCAACAAGUGGUGGGAGAGCAGCUGCCUGCACAGGAGCAGGGACAGUUGGAGCCCGCUGCAGCCCCAGGCUCUGGGGGGGCUCUUCCUCACCCUCGCCAUCGGCCUGGUGCUGGGCGUGAUUGCGGCGCUGGUGGAGCUCUCCAACAGAAGCAGGCAUGCUGCUGGGCACGUGAAGAAGUCCUGCUGCUCUGUUUUCACAGAAGAGAUAUGCACUCGUCUGCGCGUGAAGGAGAACGCAAGGCACAGCCCCGAGGCUGCAGGGAAGGCCAACGCUUGAGAGGCUUCUGCCUGAGCCAUGGUUCAGCUUCUGUACUGCCUAGGAACUAGAGCACUGUAGAGAUGUCCUCCUGUGAGCCUAGAGCGUUAGUUUUGUAGUGACAAACACAGAGCACUUCUGGACUGGUAGUGGAGCUGGAUACAGAAAGUGAAGUGGCAUUGAAAUGGAUGAGGCACAGAGUGGAACUGUUGACCACAAGGGAGGAUGACAACGUGGAGAAAUAAAGCUGAGCUGGCAAAGGUGGAGCCAUGUUUAGUUUAGAGGUUCACUAUAGGUGAGUGCCUGUAGGAGUAAGUGACCCAGGACAGGUUAAUAUGCAGCCCCUGCCCACCACUGACAGGAUGAGGUAAACCUUAACACUUCAAAGCUCUCCUGACUGCUCCUCGUGAACAACUGCUGCUCAAACAGGGCAGUUACCAACUCUAGCCUUGCCCUCCUUUAGGCAGCUGUGCACUGUGCAGGGCAUCUCUGAAUCAGGAACAGUGCUGUGGCAUAACCUCCAGAAUGCUGCAUGCUCUGCAGUGAGCUAAGACCUGAAUGAACGGGAGACCCUGAGCCUAAGGAAUUGAGGCAUGAGAAAGGUGAGACCUGGACUUGUCCUCUGUCAGUGUCCCAUCCUAGAAGUGUCACUGUUUUGCUGCUGAGGGUGCUUUGCCCUGGCUAACCUGGCUGAGAAGUAUUUAGGAAGAAGACACAGCUGAACUCCAGCAGUGCCAGAGCCUGAGCUCUGAUAACCAGGCCAUUUAUCCAAGCUCUCUGGGCAGGGAGAAGCGAUCUGCAUUUUGCUCUUGCUCUUAGAGCAGGAUCUUUGACACUCAUGGCCAAGUUAGCUGCUUAAUAAUAGUCUGCUCCUGGCCCUGCUUUUCCUCUCAAAGCUGGAGUAACUGCUGCAUGCAGCUACUGCUUUGCAAACCCAUGGCUAAGUUACUCCAUCCAUGUGCUCCACACUUGAUGAAGGGAGUGAAAAAAGGCAAAUCCAGUCACUUGGGAAAACUGCUCUGCAUGAGUCAAGAGACUAAUUCUUACCAGUCCCAGCACUCAUCAGCUGAAGGCAACAGAAACUAACAUGCCUGCUCCAGGGAAGUAGCUGAGUAGCUCCUGAAGAAAGCCUUACACAUCCAGCUUGAGGAUAACCACUUCCACCUACUGCUAAGUGAGUACAGCCAUGGGGGGUCCCCUUCUCACCCCUCUGUUAAUAACAGGAGUGAGGAAUCCUUCCAGCCUGUGUUUAAAAGGGAACCCUCCUGCUUCCCUUUUAAACACAGUUGCAGCAACCUGUGUUAGCUUAGUUGGGUUGAAGGGACUGAUCCAGCCUCUAAGUGCACAGAGCAUGAAGCAGCUGAAGUGGAAUUUGAAAGGUGAGAUGGAAAAUGCCAUGUUAGGGUCACUCAGCACUUGGAAAGCCAGUUGGUUGUGUGCCCUGGCACUGCUGGCACAGCAGGCAAAGAUGUACAUAUACAAGAAAAAACUAAAAUAAAAGGAGGUUUCCAUUGACAUUGAAAUUGACAUUUAAAUAUAUUUCUAUAUGAAUGUCUCACAGAACAAAAAAAUAAAGUCUUUUGAUCACAAAUACUGCAGCAUUAAAAUAAACACUUACCAAAAUAAACAA